CUGAACCACGACAGCGAGGUGACAAAUCUGGCGUGGAGCCCAGAUGGCAAGUUUCUUGCUUCGGUUUCCAAUGACGAAUCCCUGUUCGUGCAUGAUGUAAUGUCAGGUAGGAUAAGAAAACGUUGUGUAUCUGUACGAAAUUUGCGGCACUUUCCAAGUGGUGUGGCUUGGGAUCCUAAGGGUAAAUACAUCGUAACAAUGUCUACGGACCGCAAAAUGGAUCUCAUCGAUGCUGCAAAAGGCACAAGAUUGCGAGCUUUUGGCGUAUGUGCCCUCCCUUCGGUCGAUAUUGGCGACAUUACUUUAGAACAUAAGGUCUAUAAACUUUUCCAUGAUGAUCAGUUGAUGAGUUUUCAAAGAGGAGUAGCAUUUUCACCUUGUGGGCAACUAAUCAUUGCACCUUGUGCUGAUCUAGAAGUAGGCACACAUGAUCUUUAUGGUACCCUUAUCUUUAGAAGAAGCGACCUAGAGAAUGAUAAACCUCUAGCCUUUUUACCAUGUCCGAAGGCCACUUUCCUCAUCAGAUGUUGUCCAUUAUUAAUGACACUCGAAAAGGAAGAAGAGAAUUAUACUGGAUUACCUCAUCGAGUAUUGUGGCUAGCACUCACUAAAGACAGUGUUUACUUUUACGAUAGCCAGCAUCGUAAUCCAAUUGGCCUAGUGGAAAAUAUUCAAUAUAACAGCCUAACCGACGCUGCUUGGAGUUCUGAUGGGAAGAAUAUUGUUAUAUCCUCGCUUGAGGGCUACUGCACAUUUUUGAAACUUACUGUUGAUAAGUGGGGAUGUCAGAUUCAAAGUGAGGACUUGAAGGAAUGUCCACCUUCUCCGCAGUUAAUCCAAACUAAGAAACGGAAACCCAGAGAGAAGAAGGUCAAAGAAACUAAAGAAGAAGAGGCUGGUGAAUCCCCUGGUCCUAAUGCUCAAAAAACUCCACUGCGACCAACGGCACAACAAACGAUUACUACGCCAAAGUCUGGCAAUCUAUUCCGUUACCUGCAAACAAAGGGAGAGGAAUCACCUCACAACGGAGCAACCGCGAGCCCUACCACGCCGACAAGGUACGUAUUAUAGAU